ACAGCUGUCGCGGUGAGGACCAUGUCGCUUCCGAACAUCCUUCUCACCGGUACACCAGGGGUCGGAAAAACAACACUGGGUAAAGAACUUGCAGCAAGAUCAGAACUUAAAUACAUUAGUGUGGCUGAUUUAGCUCGAGAAGUCUGAUCACCGGAUAUCAUGGAGUCUGGCAAGAUGGCUUCUCCCAAGAGCAUGCCGAAAGAUGCACAGAUGAUGGCACAAAUCCUGAAGGAUAUGGGGAUUACAGAAUAUGAACCAAGAGUUAUAAAUCAGAUGUUGGAGUUUGCCUUCCGAUAUGUGACCACAAUUCUAGAUGAUGCGAAAAUUUAUUCAAGCCAUGCUAAAAAAGCCACUGUUGAUGCAGAUGAUGUGCGACUGGCAAUCCAGUGCCGUGCUGACCAGUCUUUCACCUCUCCUCCCCCAAGAGAUUUUUUAUUAGAUAUUGCAAGGCAAAGAAAUCAGACCCCUUUGCCAUUGAUCAAGCCAUAUUCAGGCCCUAGAUUGCCACCUGAUAGAUAUUGCUUGACUGCUCCAAACUAUAGACUUAAGUCUUUACAAAAAAAGGCAGCUACUUCUGCAGGAAGAAUAACAGUUCCGCGGUUAAGUGUUGGUUCAGUUACUAGCAGACCAAGUACUCCCACACUUGGCACACCAACCCCACAAACCAUGUCAGUUUCAACUAAAGUAGGGACUCCGAUGUCCCUCACAGGGCAAAGGUUUACGGUACAGAUGCCCACUUCGCAGUCCCCAGCUGUAAAAGCAUCAAUUCCUGCAACAUCAGCAGUUCAGAAUGUUCUGAUUAAUCCAUCAUUAAUUGGGUCCAAAAACAUUCUUAUUACCACUAACAUGGUGUCAUCACAAAAUACUGCCAGUGAAUCAUCAAAUGCAUUGAAACGAAAACGUGAUGACGAUGACGAUGAUGAUGAUGAUGACUAUGAUAAUUUGUAAUCUAGCUUUGAUGCAUGUAACAUGUAUAUUUGAUCUUAAAUAUACUGUACUAAGAUUAAACAUGCAUGCUGGGUGUUUUCAAGUUGUGUUUUAGAAAACUUAAAUAGUACUUAAUGAGUAAAUACAGUUAUAGUUUUUAAUUGAGAUAUUGUAUUUUCUUUAAUAGAAUUCCUAAUGGUUUUUCAUCAGCCUUUAAGUAUAAGAAAUAAAGUUGCUAUUCCUCAA